AUGAGCGCUCGCGUGAGUAGCAUGUGUCUUGCUCAACCCUCCCGAGACGUUCUGAGUCGGCAUCUGAAAGGACACGGCGACAACGACAAGGGCCACAAGAACAUCUCCAAAUCAACCCGGGUGCGGUUGCAAGAGAGGCAACACGACCCCGAAUCUCCAACUGGCAACACUGUCGUUGUGUGGCCCUUGGGCUCCGCGUCUUCGCCCUCACGCUCGUCCCGUCACAGCCCUCAGCAGCCCGGGGUAGAUGAGGCCCCCAGUGGCACCAACAGUGCCCCGAACAAUGCCACCGUCUCCAGCAUCGGCGCUUUGGACCCCGACAUCGUCAUCCCGAAUGCCCGGGAGAUCCCUGUUGCUCCGAAUCCCGAACCUUCCGCCCAGGCUGAGCUCGGCUCGCUGGACCAACAGACCGCGUCUCCGACUCCCUCCCACGGUGCCCGGCGAUCCGAGAAGCACCCCUUGAGCCAUGAGAUUCAGAACCGGAUCACGCUUGGUCGCUCCAAGCCGACCCCGAGAGUUGGCCAGGAAGAUGACGAGAUGCAAGCUCUCUUCUCUUUUUCAUACAGCAUGCCACCCAUCUCGGAAAAUUCCAUCGCCGAUCAUGAGCUCUCCAAUACCAUGGCUCACAGCCAAGCCGAACCCGAUCUGCUCAUGAGAAACAGUGUAGAUUCCACGGCCCACCUGAGCAUCCCCGACGAGACGCAACCCGCAACCACUUUUCGACGUGACAGUCUGCACGGCCACGACACCAGUGCUCUAUCAGAUCAGGACCUGGGUCAUCUCCUGGGGCAGUAUGCCGACAGAUCAUGGCCGCCCGCUGAACCAGACUGGCUCCCCGGCUUGGACACAGAGUUGACGAUUCCGGAUCUCGACUGGCGUAGCUGGGGAAACAACCCUUUACUCAGCUUCGAUGUCACUGCCCCUUUGGAUCAUCCCAUAAAGAGGAGGAGGAAGACCGCGAGCUUCACAUCUGAGAUUCCCGACGAGCGCUUUGCUGAGAUGGCCCAGCUGUGGCCCAAGAGGGGUGACCAGCCCUGGCAGCUUAUGCAGACGUUGUGGUCAGAUUCUGUCACUCACAGAGGCAGCAAUCUCUUCUCUGAUACCAAGCAUGCCGACGACUCUUAUGUUGCGACUGGUCCCAAGUCAGCUGAAGGUAGGCUCGACGACCAGCGACGGAUGAGCAUGAGUCAAGACCCCAAUAUGAUCGUGUUUCCUAUAUGCCUGAUUGGCCUUUUUCACUUGGACCCGGCAAGGACUCGUGGCUUCGUUGCUAGACACUUAUCAAAAGUGAUGGGAAACUGUAGCACUCUUCUCUCCAAGCCAUGGUCGAGAUCCGAUUCUAGGUCAUUGCUUGUCGUCCUGGCAUCAUCUACGUUGGCGCUGUCAUGCGCAGCUGCCAUGGAGGAACGUGUCCAUUCUGAGCAGACUCACGCGCUUUACUCCAAAGUUCUCUCGGUUGCACAGCAGAACGGUCUCUUUGAGGCUGGCAAAGGACAGCCGCUUGCUUCGGUGCUCCCCCAAGGAAGGUCAGACGACUCAGCCUGGAAGGCUUGGGCAAGAGUUGAGUCAACAAAGAGACUGAUCGCCUGCCUCAUCAUGGUGGACUCGUUCUUCUCCUCUGGUAUGAGAAUCCACCCCAUAAUCCGCCUAGACACGAUGCGCUUCUACACCCCGUGCUCGACAGCGCUCUUCGAAGCCCCAGACGCGACUCGGUGGGCGCAGCUAGACUCGGCCGGCCAGUGCAUGAAGCCCAGCAUGCUGAACCUUCGACCCAACCAGACCUUCCUACCGGCAGACGUCCCGUCGAGCUCGAUCGGGCUGUACUCACUCCUGUCGGCCGUGUGGCUGCGGCUUACUGACGUGAAAUAUCGACUUUUCCUGCAGGACCCAACACCGACCCCUCUCAUUCCAGGAGAGCUGUACCAGAAAGAUGAAGCCGGGGCGUUGCUGGUGCCACUGCUGAGAGACAUCUACACAACAUACAAGGCUGACCUGGUGCGGAGCAAUCCAAACAACGUCUCGUUUUGGCAUGUCAUGUGCAUCAGCAUUACGACCAACAUGGACAUUUUGGAGAUUGCUGCUGGGCGCGAGGGUAUCCAUGCUGGGAAAGAGGCACUCGAGGGUAUCGCAGGCUGGGCGCAGAGUCCCUCGGCAAGGCGGGCGUGUUUGCACGCAGCCCACAUAUACGCAGCCAUGUCAAGGAGAAAAGUCAGCGAUGGGACCACGUUCCUGUCAGAGGAUGCAAUCUUCAACGCCGCGCUCGUGCUUGGCCUCUACCUCCUGGUAGGUCCGGACUCGCUGCAGGAGGGCGGCGAAACAGAGUCGUUUGAACUGCUGGACGACGUCGACUGGAGCGAGCUUGCCGAGGAGGGCUUUGCUGGCUACGUGUCCUCGCCCUCCAACGCAGCCAAGAGCUCGCCCGCUGUCCGGUUCGUGUCUAUGGGCGGGCCGGUUUCUUUCAGCAGCAUGGUGCUUCCGGGAGGCCUUAACUCAGCCAGGAGAGUGUUGGUCGACUUCGUGAGUCUUCUAGAGGAGGUGGGGAAGUGGAAGGCGGGAAAGUUGUGUCACAUACUCCGCCUCAUGAGCGACAGCGUGACUGAUCUCUGA